CAAACAUAUGAAAACAAGAAGCGCACAAUUUAUAUUAAAUAUGGCAAAAAAUGUGAAGAAACUAACGUUGGCCAACAAAUUAGCAAAAAGAGGAGAUGUCAUUAAACCUACAGAGAUAAUUAGCAGACAAAAUCGGGCGGAUAAUGUUCGGGAUAUUGAGGACCUUGUGGGUGUAUCACCCGCUGAACCAGGAUCUAGUAACUCAAUAUUCUUCUCCCCCAUUCAAACUCGGAAACAGCGUCACUUAAAUGGUGAACUCCUGAAAAAAACGAACAUUAAAAUGGAACCCCUGUCCCCAACUCGAGUUCCAACCAAAAAAACUAGAAAGGAAGAUCAGUUGGUAACCAAAAUUCAAGUGGGAUCGGCAACGGUGGUUAAAUGUAAACUGGUUCACGAUCCUGUUGAUUCUCCUAUAAGAAUUGAUAAGAUCAAAAAAGAAUUGGAGCCACAAAUAAAGCAGGAACCUUUUAUACAUGAGAGUCUAGCUGGUCUUAACAAUAUUAAAAAAGAACUGGAUCAACAAGUAGAAGCAUCUUUGUACCCAGAAGUAGAAUCACCGCAUCAUUUAUGGUAUAAUCACCUGGAAAACAUACGCAUCAUGAGAAACUCAAAGUCUGCUCCCGUGGACACAAUGGGAUGUCAUCGAUGUGCAGAUUCCAAAGCAGAUGCAAAGACCCAACGCUUCCAGAACUUAGUAGCCCUUAUGCUGUCCAGCCAAACUAAGGAUCAAACCACCUAUGAGGCCAUGAAUCGUCUUAAAGAGCAAACUCUUACUCCACUGAAAUUAAAGGAAAUGCCAAUAACGGAUUUGGAGAACUUACUUCAUCCUGUGUCCUUUUAUAAGAACAAAGCCAAAUACCUCAAGCAAACUGUGGAUAUACUUAUGGAAAAAUAUGAUUCGGAUAUUCCGGAUAAUCCCAAGGAACUUAUAGCUCUUCCCGGAGUUGGUCCCAAGAUGGCUCACAUAUGUAUGGCAGUGGCGUGGAAUAAAGUCACAGGAAUUGGAGUGGAUGUCCAUGUACAUCGCCUUUCGAAUAGAUUGGGUUGGAUUCCGAAACCCACAAAGGAACCCGAACAAACCCGAAUCGCAUUGGAGAAGUGGUUGCCAUAUAGUCUCUGGUCAGAGGUUAAUCACCUAUUUGUGGGAUUCGGACAAACCAUUUGUACCCCAGUGAAACCAAAAUGUGGAGAAUGCUUAAACAAGGAUAUUUGUCCUUCAGCUUAUGCCGAAUCAAAACCAAAAAGAAAGAGUGACCGGUAGAAAGGAAUAUUACUCGAAUUAACUCCUAAAAAAUCAAAACUUUAUAAAAUUUCAAGUAUUAUCCGAACAAAGAAAGAUACUGUCACAAAAAGGCUAGAAGUCCAAAGAAUCACUGCAUUCAGAAAAGCCUAAUUA